AUGGGUCGUGGUGUUGGGUUACAGUCUGCUAAAGGUAGCAGCACGUCUGGGUAUGUGCAGAGAUCGCUUGCUCACGACAACAGGGACGACAAGACCGGUAUAGUUAGGCUGAAGAACAAGAACUACGAGCUCAGGAAGAUCACAAAGAGAUCUCAGAAGGUUGACAAGCCUGCGAAUGAAAGUAAGGACAAUGGGUUGAAGAAAGUGCUGGUGGAACACGACAAGAGAAGAGAAAUUGAAGUUCAAGUGAGUGAACUAAGGGACUCGCUAGAAGAUAAGCAGGAUAGGAAUCCAGAUGAAUGGCCUGACAAACGGAUAGAUGAAGAGUGUGAAAAACUUCGAAGCACUCUACUCGCAGAUCUACAGGAGAAAGAGAAAUACCAGAAAGCAUACACACCAAGAUCUAAGAGAAGCUCGGAAUCAUCUAAAUAG